AAAAUAAUAAUAAAAUAAAACCAAACAAUAAAUUAAAGGAUUUAUUAAUUAUAAUUUCAAUAAUAAAUUGAUAUAAACAUAGUAAUAAUAAUCAAUAUACUAAUAGUUAGUGCUUUUUAAACUCUUACUAAAUACAAAUAGCAUCUUUAUAGAGAUAUUAUAUAAAAUAGAAAUACAUUUAAAGUAUUUUUUAAUUAUAAUUAUCAUUUAGAAAUAAGAAAUUCUACUACUAUUUAAUUUAAUCUAUAAUUUUAAAAUCCUUCACUAAUGGGUAGACUUGGUUAAAACUAUCGCAAUUCAAGAUCAACAUCAAAAUAAGCAAAAUAGCUGGAAAAGAGCAACAGCUCACCUAUCAAAGAAAGUAAUAAAAUCUGUUAUAUGAACAGCAAGAUUGAAAAAUAAGCAAAAAAAAAUUUAAAUGAAAUAGACUCAUAUGAAAAUCUAAUGUCAGCUAAUAAUAAUUUUUUGUAAGAUUUAUACAAUGAUUAGUCUACUAAAAAUGCAAGAAUGAGUAGCGAACUUUCAGGAUGGUAAAAUUCAGAACCAUUCCAUAAACAGGCAGAUUUUUAAGAUAGAUAAGCUAGAUUCGAUAACAAUUUUACAACUAAUAAUGAAUCAAAUAUUAUUAGUGAUAGAUAAUCUAAAAGAGCUAUAUCAGCAAACUUUAACAUUGGUCAAACUCCAUUAGUUUCGAGAAGAAAAAUUAUCAAACACCAAAAUGAUUAGUCAACUUACGGAAGUUCAUAGAAGUAAUCAAAAAAUGAUAUAUCUUCUGAAUUUUUACCUUAAGCUGCAUAAUAAACAUAAUCAUGUAAUCAAAAAAUAAAUUCGUUCUCCUCGCCUUAAGUACUUUUAAGCACCUUUAUAGGAUCAAGUUAAAAAUUUAAUUCCUCAUAAAAAUAAAAUUAAGAUUAAUAUGUUUCACCCUUUGAAAUAAACUCAAAAUAAUUUGAAUAAAAUGAUUAGUAAGCUUUUCCUUCAAAUAAUUAGUAAGGACUUUCCUAAAAUAAUUAAGAUAAUAUAUUAAAAAAUACUGUGAGUGAAUGGAAAAACUAUCUUGAUCGCUAUGAUUCAUCAUAAGACUUGUACAAUGUACACCUUAAAAAAAGAAGAACUUCAUUAAUAAACUAACACGAAGCUUAAUUAAGUGAAGAAAAAUAAAAAGAUUUUAAUGCUGAAGAAAUUGGAGAAAGUGAUAGAAAUAAUGUCUUAAAUUAAUUAUUGAGAUAAAACAAACUAAAAAAUAUCCAUAAUAAAAGCAAUAAUCUUUCUAUUGAUAUUUCUUAAAUUAGAAUAUCUGCUUCAAAUAAUCAAUCUUUUGUUGAAGAUAGCUAACAAUGCUAACAGUAGCUUUAAACUAAUAAUGGCUACUAAGUAAAUUCUUAAUAUCCUACUAACUAUAACUCAAACAACCAAAAAGAAUUAUCUUCACGCAAUACAUACAGGACCUCUAAAAGUAGCUAAGCCAAUAGGAUAUUUGGUAAAAAAAAGAAAAGCCGCAUAAUGAAUAUGUCUGCUGUCCAUUCCAAUUAAAACACAUUGAUGGAAUAUCAGAUAAAUAAUCAAUUGGGGAAAACAUAUGUAUCAAAAAAUACUCUUUUUAAUAGCUUAAUAGAAGAAAAUUAAAUAUCUUCAUCUUCACUGAUUGAAAAUUAAAACAAGGUUAAUUUAUACCAAUUGUAACCUUAAAACAUAAGCAAUUCUUCUUCCUAAACAGUUCUUAAAUAAAAAAAUAAUUAGAACACUUAACCUCAUUUAACAGAAAAUAAUCAUUAAGCUUCUCAGUUUGUUCCACUUAAUCCUAACAUUUCUUCUAAUGCUUAUCAUCCAUAAGAGUUCUUUUCAUCAAAAAAUACACUGGCCUGCAUCAUUUAAGGAAACUAAUGCACAACUCCUUAAAAUAAAUAUCUAGAAAAUUAAGAUUUAAAAAGCGUGUUUUAUUAAAUUCUAAAUAAAACAAAAGAAGAAAAGGAAGUAUUAGUAAGUAAUAAAUCAUAAAUUUUAAAGUCUGUUUCUAAUAAUUACUAGCCAAAGCGUUCAUAAAACUUCAGCUCAGCAAAUGCUGCAUAUCAUCUUGGUAAAGAAAAGAUUAAGUAAGUUAUUUAAUAAAAAAAUAACCAAAUAGCAUUAAAAUAGUAACAAAAUACACUAAAUAAUAAUACUUAAGCUUUAAAUAGUAACUAAAACUAAGUACUUGGUUAUUAAAGCAACUUCUGUAAUAAUAAUCUUAAAUAAGUAGCUAUUGAAAAUAAUUUAUUUAAAAUGAUAAGAAACAACAAAGAGUUGAUUGUAGAAGACUAGAGUACAAAAAAUAAUGAUAAAGUUGAAAAGUUUAUUCAUCUUUCAAAUACAAAAUAUCAGAAUUAAAUAAUUGUAAAAUAAAAAUAGUAAGACGAAAAUAACUCUUAACCAAAUCAUUAAAAAAUCAGAGCAAAGUCUGUUAUCAAUAAUGAGUAACCAGAAAAUUUAAAACCUUAGGAUCACCAAGCGAUAUUUAGUAAUAAAAAAUACCUAUAUGAGCAAGCAAAUAGAAUUUUAAAACCAACUGUGUAAAAUAUAUUAGCUGUUUCAAAUGAAAACAAUACUAAUAAUCAUUUUAAAACAAGUAAUAUAAAUAAUUAUCAGUAAGUUAAAUUCUUAGAAAAAUAACCAAAUAACAAUAACAACAAUAAUAAUAAUAAUUUAAGAGAAUUAAACUUGAUAGAUAAAAAAGUUGUUAGUGAAACAAAAACUUAAAGAUAUCCUAUUCACUCUAACAUUCUACCAAUAAAACUUUGA